AUGGGGAAAAAUGCAUCAUACGAAAAUGGAUUCCUAAUAUUUGAAGAUUACAAUUUUGUUACGUAUACCAAAAGGCGCGGAAGGAAAGUCGACUGGCAAGAAAGAAAGAAGCAUUUGCACAAUUUCAAUGUUAGCGCUUAUCUUUAUAAACCCUUCAAAAAUUGCAAUCUUAGCCUAGUCAGUAACAACGCCAACUUAAGACGAGCCACAGAAAAUAAACUUUUCAAAAGGGUUCAACUGAACAUAAAAUGGCUAAUUAAAUAUAUUACCAGAAUAAAAAGCAGAGUUAAAAAUAUUUAUUUAUUUGUCAAAUUUGUUAGCUCCAAAUGUAUACUUAAAUUGUCUACCUUCUAUUAUUUAAAGUACAUUGUGGAGAGGAUUUACGAUGCGAAGUUAGAGUCAUCUGUACGUGUAGUCUUACCCGUGUCAGAUUUGCACAAGCUUUACUCCUUUGUCUAUCACCAAAACUUUUGCUUUAUGAAUUAUUAUGAGGAGUUUCUGUCUAGGAAAGAUGCGCGCCGAUUGAGGCGCUUCUACUGUCCUGUCGUAGUGAUGAACGGUCCCAAUAGGGCCUUAACCCUUCCAUAUGAGAGAAUGUACGGUCGGGACGUUGUAAAAAUAUGCACACGGGGGGGGCAAAAUGGGGAGAAUUUGCCAAAAGGAGAACUACACCCCAAUGCUAAUAAAUUCCAGCGCACAGGUGCCAAUACUACAAAAAGGCAGCGGAAAAAAGGCAUAAAGAUAGAGAAAGAAAAAAUAAAAAGGGCUAUAGGGAAAAGCUUGCACACAAGCGAUAUAGGCCUCUUCGCAGGAACCUUCGACAAGAUACAUUUCGGGCAUAUACUACUUCUUUUUUACUCCAUUCUUCUAACAAAAAAAUUUUACUAUGUCGGAUUAUACAAUAAUAAAAAUAUCUAUAACAAAAAAUAUGCACAAGAAAUUGACGACUUGAAGUUACGGAUUUACAACAUAUCGGAUAUUCUCUUUUUAAUAAAAAAUGUCUACCACGUUGAUUUUUUCUUUCUCAAUUUUGAGCAUGUCAUGCCAUUUAUAAAGAUAAAAAAUUCUCAUAAAAUUUUAUUUCAAAUUAUGAUUAAUCAGAAAAAUGAGUUAUUGCGGGAGCAUCACCAAGCGGGGUAUAAUAAAUGCCAAGUGUCCACCCCUUAUCAUAUGAAAGGCACGCCUGUGAAUACUUGGACAACAGAAAGGAGAGACUUACAAAAAUACCUCUCCCGUAGGAGUACGAAAAGAGGCGCAACACAGUGUAAGGAAAAAAUGGAUCAGGCGGUAGACCAUUUCAGUACAAAUGAAAUGAAAAAGAAAAUUGAAAAAUAUUUACUUUUUCACCUCGGCAUUGUAAAAACAAAGGGAUACAAAAAGAAGGACAACAAAAUUAUCGUGUUGAAGAGAAUACAUGAUCCCUUUUCCUUCGCAGUAGAUAUUAACGAUUUGUAUUGCUUAACAAUGUCCAAGGAAUCUGAGGCCAAUGGAUAUAUUUUGGUAAACAAAAGAAAAUUACAAAAGGAAAAGGAAAGUGCACAUUCAAAUAAGAGGCCAAGGACAGGAAGAACCACCAACCUGGAAUGUCCAAGCUGCAAACAUAUCAACGUAGAACCAAGCGGAGUGAGCACCCAUUUGGAAAAGCCAAGAACAUGUUUGAAUAUUUUUGACACAAUCAAUUUAGGGGAUGGAGAGAAAAUCAGCUCGACAUUAAUCAGGGAGGAAAAUACAUUUUUAAAAAAAAAAAAAUUUGCAAAAUUGCUAAAACACUUUGUAGACGCUUGCUUAUUCUUUCACAUUGACCACUUCCUGAUACAGAUGUACGCCGAUAUUUUUUUGCACAAAAAUGGCAGGACCCCUUUUAAAAAGCUCUACAUAAAUAAGGUGAAAAAUUACUUUUCCAAAGGAGAAAGAACCAAAUGGGAGAAGCACGAGAGUUGCAAAAAGAGUGGCCAUAAAAGUGGCAAAAAAAUAGAUCAUUUUAUUGUUAACGAUUUUUUCAGAAACUUGUUCGUUCUGUUGUCUUUUUUCGUCAACCAUUUUACCGAUCUAGAAAAUCGGUCGAAUGAUAAAAUUCAACUUUUUCUCAAAAUAUCCAUCGCGCUCUCUUUCUUUUUUUACAAUAACAUGAUUUUUCUGUUAGUAAAAAAGAAGGAGAUGUUAAUAAAUCAAAACUUCCGAACCAACCACAAGAAGGUACAGCAGAGAAUAAGCAUGUUUCACCCGUGUGAUGACAACGCAUUGCGAAUUUACCUGACCAGGGUGGAAGAGCCCCUCCAGGAGGAAGUACUCAACCAGGUUCUCGUAUGGAUCCUUUCAAUGAUAUCCCUUUCCGUGCUGUGCAAGUUUUACCAUUCGGAAAUUCUGCCAAGGGUAAAGAGGCAAAAGCCGGCACAUGUUCGGAAAUCUUCAAAAUGCAGGAAGUCUGCCCAUUUAGGGGAUGCAGCGCAAAAAAUGCUGAAUCCAAAGGAGCGAUAUUUUCAUCCCUCUGUGUCAACGCGCAGUGAUACAAACAAAUUGAACAAAAAAGACAACCCACAUGGGGAUGAAGAAGAACUGUCCGAAAAGCUAGCCCGUGGUAAUUCUUCAUUAAGCAAAAAUAAUUACACUGUAUACUUUUACAACUAUUCGAAGGACAGAGGGCUACACAGAAGGGGUCCCAUCGUCACACCGUACACCCUAUUCAACCGUGCAUUAACCAGGAGGUUCAAAAUGAGGAACCAUCUACUGCGUCAAAACCCUGAAAUUGCGCAAGCGGCGGAUUCCUCUUGCGUGGCAACGGUCGGAGAGAGUAUGCCGUGUAGUGACAUACCAGAAGUUAAGAGUGUGCCUCGUGCUUGUAGUACAUACAACCCAGGUGAGUCACACUGUCGGCAAAAGUUGCGAAGCGGGGACAACGAUCGCAGCGUGCGGGCGAGUGUGGACAAGCCAGGAGGAGAUACGCACGUGAGGAUAAGACAAAACGAAGUUUAUCACGUUCCAUCAUUAAAAAGGGAACCUAUAAUUCUGAACAAUUUGUAUAAAAUAAAAAUUAGGAGUGAAGAAAACGCCACCAUUUGGAUAAACAAAAUGAGUAAUAAAGAAAUAGAGAAUUACGUCAAGGGAAAAAACACAGAUAGCAAGAGCUGCCACAAUGAGAGGUACACAUCGUUAAUGCAAAUACAUAUAAAUAAGGGAGACGAUAUUUUCCUCUUCCGAAAGGCGCUGAUAUAUAAAUAUCUGGACAGCUACUUCAUCUCUUUUUUCUCCUUCUACUCCAUAAAGAACGUGAGCAUAGACGAAUGUGUUAAAGGUACCCCCACAAAAUAUAAAAAAAUUGAUAAUCUGUUAUUCCUCUUUUUGGUGCAGUUUGAGAAGCACAUUGAAAUGGUCGUAAAUAGUUUUCUUAAAGGGAAGUGGGAAUUAAAACCAAAAAGAAGGGAAAGUUCCUUUGACCCGUACGUCCUCUACCAGAAAAGGUAUUCGCUUAUUCACAGAUACUUAGUUAUGAAUUUAUCUCCAGUUAAUAACUACCACUUAGACUUUGAACGGAAGUACGAUUUUAAAAAGGGAGAGGCCACCUUUGUAGACACACCCUUUCACAUCAAGAUAAGAAAUUGGGGAUGUACCAAAGGGGGUACACCUGGAGAGACCUCCCAAAUUGCCAACCAUUUGAGCGUGCUAACAUUUUAUAACACAAUUUUUCAAAACAUUUUAACACACGAAAAUUAUUACUACCCCUUCUUCGCCUCACUCAAUUAUUUGUAUUUGGAUGAUGCUUGA